UGGGAAAGUGAGUGGUUCCCGGUCUGCGUAUGGUCCAGUCAAACAGAUCCUCCGACUUUGACCCUCCAUCUUCCCUGCGCGUAAGCGCCAGGUCGAUUGUUUUUAAUUGUCAAAGAGGGGUAGCAGAGCUUUCAAAACGAAGGAAUGCCUCGUGAAAUAGGGUUGUAGUCUGACUCUAUGAUGCCUUUUGCCCAGCCACAGGAUUCCUGGCACAAAAUGGAGGUGCAUAGCGUUAGUAGCGAGGUCAAUGGGCAUCAGUUUGUGGAUGAGCCUAUGGAGGAAGGGGAGCCCCUCUCACACUGUGAUGAAGGGCUGUAUAAAGAGAUUCCCAUCACACACCACGUGAAGGAGGGCUGUGAGAAGGCCGACCCCACCCAGUUUGAGCUGCUCAAGGUUCUGGGCCAGGGCUCGUUUGGAAAGGUGUUCCUGGUCCGGAAGAUAAUGGGCCCGGAUGCAGGUCAGCUGUAUGCAAUGAAAGUGCUGAAAAAGGCGUCUUUGAAAGUGAGGGACAGAGUUCGCACUAAGAUGGAGCGGGAUAUUCUGGUGGAGGUGAAUCAUCCGUUCAUUGUGAAGUUGCACUAUGCCUUUCAGACAGAAGGGAAGCUCUAUUUAAUUUUGGAUUUUCUCAGGGGUGGAGAUGUAUUUACUCGCUUAUCCAAAGAGGUCAUGUUUACAGAGGAGGAUGUGAAAUUCUACCUUGCAGAGCUGGCCCUUGCAUUGGACCAUCUCCACAGCCUAGGCAUUGUUUACAGAGACCUGAAGCCUGAGAACAUUUUGCUUGAUGAAGCUGGACAUAUCAAGUUAACAGACUUCGGCCUCAGUAAAGAGUCAGUAGACCAGGAUAAGAAGGCCUACUCUUUCUGUGGGACAGUGGAGUACAUGGCUCCUGAGGUGGUGAACCGGAGAGGACACACACAGAGUGCAGACUGGUGGUCACUGGGUGUUCUCAUGUUUGAGAUGCUGACAGGGACCUUACCGUUUCAGGGGAAGGACAGAAAUGAGACAAUGAACAUGAUUCUCAAAGCAAAAUUGGGAAUGCCACAGUUUUUAAGUUUGGAGGCACAGAGUCUAUUAAGAAUGCUCUUCAAAAGAAAUCCAUCCAACCGUUUAGGGGCAGGUCCAGACGGAGUGGAAGAGAUCAAACGCCAUGUGUUUUUCUCCACUAUUGACUGGAAUAAACUCUUCCGGCGAGAACUGCAGCCACCAUUUAAACCAGCAGCGGGAAAACCGGACGACACGUUCUGCUUUGACCCCGAGUUCACAGCCAAAACACCCAAAGACUCCCCUGGCAUCCCCCCCAGUGCAAACGCUCACCAACUCUUCAAAGGUUUCAGCUUCGUAGCACCAGCCUCCCUGGAAGAGAACAAGAGCUCCCCUUUACUCAACAUCCUCCCCAUUGUGCAGAUGCACGGAGGUUCGGCCCAGUUCGCAGACGUGUAUGAGCUGAAGGAAGACAUUGGUGUGGGCUCCUACUCCAUCUGCAAACGCUGCAUCCACAGAGUCACGGCCAUGGAGUUCGCUGUCAAGAUCAUUGACAAAAGUAAGAGAGACCCGUCAGAAGAGAUAGAGAUCCUCAUGCGUUAUGGCCAGCACCCCAAUAUCAUCACACUGAAAGACGUGUAUGACGAAGGCAGAUUUGUUUAUUUGGUGACGGAGCUGAUGAAAGGUGGAGAACUUCUGGACAAGAUUCUACGACAGAAGUUUUUCUCUGAGCGGGAGGCCAGUGCAGUCCUGUACACCAUUACAAAGACGGUGGAUUAUCUGCACUGCCAAGGGGUAGUCCACCGGGAUCUUAAACCCAGUAACAUUUUAUACAUGGACGAUUCCGGUAAUCCAGACUCCAUCCGCAUCUGUGACUUUGGCUUUGCCAAGCAGCUGAGAGGAGACAACGGGCUGCUCCUGACGCCCUGCUACACUGCCAACUUUGUGGCGCCUGAGGUACUGAUGCGGCAGGGCUACGAUGCAGCCUGUGAUAUUUGGAGCCUUGGUGUUCUGCUCUACACCAUGCUGGCUGGGUACACCCCGUUCGCCAACGGCCCGAACGACACCCCCGAGGAGAUCCUGAUGCGUAUCGGCAGUGGGAAGUUCUCUCUCAGUGGGGGAAACUGGGACACGGUGUCUGACUCCUCUAAGGACCUGUUAUCUCAUAUGCUGCAUGUGGACCCACAUCAGCGGUACUCAGCAGAACAGGUCCUGAAGCACUCAUGGAUCGCCUGUCGUGACCAGCUCCCUCACUUCCAGCUGACCCGUCACGAUGCACCACACCUGGUCAAGGGGGCGAUGGCGGCCACAUACUCGGCGUUGAACCAGAAGACGGGUCAGCCUGUCCUGGAGCCCGUGGCCGCGUCCAGUCUGGCCCAGCGCCGCAGCAUGAAGAAACUCACUUCCACCGACAUGUAGUGAUCAAACGGUCACUCUACUGUGUCCUCUUCCGCUCCUCUGUCUGUUUAUUUAAAGAAUGACCCUGACCCCCACCCCCACCCUAACUCCCCCUGUUAGCUGCUCCCACCCACACUGGUCCAUGGACCCCAUGCAACUUCACAUCAGGGACGUUCUGUGUUGUCUGUGGGAAUUUACAGGAGACUCAGACACUCUGUUUCUGUCAGGGAGAUGGAGUCUCUUUGUAUUUAAUUUCAUUCUCCAGUAUGCACG